AUGCAAUGCGGUGUAAUUUAUAAUGAAUUAAUACUAAUACGUGUAAGUAUCCUUAUCAUUGCAAGCUUAUGGGCUGGUGCUAGUACUAGCGCUCUUAUUAAUCUAUCAAUUAAUAUGUCUACUAUUGAAUCUGAAAAUACUCAAACCCUUUCUGAAAGCGAUUGCAUUAUCGAACCUAAUAACCAAGUGCUUGUUAAUGAUACAGAUCAAAAUAUUAGUCAGUUGAAAAAGAAAUCCAAGAAAAAACUCGCUCCUGUUUAUGAAUAUCUCGAUGUAUUUGGAGAUGGAACUCGUGUUUGCAAAAUUUGUGAUAAAAGUAAAGGCAUUGGUAGAUGGGGUUCUCACACGUCGUUAUCGACAAUAACACGCCACUUUAAAUGA